AUGAUUGCGGCCACCUUACUGUUUCAGAGCCUGAGAGCUGGAUCAAAGUUGGGAGCGCAGUAUGACCAGGAAGAUAAUCUUAUUCAGGUUGAAACUCGUGAAGAUGAAGAACAGAAUGUUAAAUUGGCAGAAAUCCUGGAGCUGUUGGUGGCAGCAGGAUACUUCAGGGCUUGGAUCAAAGGGCUUUCUCCGUUUGACAAGGUUGUAGGUGAGAUGACCUGGUGUAUUACAGCCUGCAACUUUGACAUAGAUGUAGAUUUACUUUUUCAAGAAAACUCUACAAUUGGUCAGAAAAUGUAACGCUUACUGAAAAAAAUUGUGUCUGUCUUGCCGAAAAUGAAACGCCCUCAUCGUCUAGAGCCUCACCAGAUCCAGGGUCUUGAUUUCAUUCACAUUUUUCCUGUUGUGCAGUGGCUGGUCAAACGUGCCAUUGAACGAGAAGAAAUGGGAGAUUACAUUCGGGUAUAUUCUGUGUCUCAGUUUCAGAAAAUACGUAGCAUUUCAGAGGAUAAUGACUAUAAAGAGAAGGCCAUCAAAACAGUAAUUAAUGUUUCUGAGGUUUAUAAGCCUCUGCGGAAAUACAAGAGGCAGGUUGAUGAAGAAUCCAUAGUCCACUCCACAUUGCUGGAGUAUGGAAGCCUGUCAGUCACUCUUUGCAUUAAAACUUUGAUGACUGGAAUGGCUGGCAUGGCAACAGAAGAGGGGAAACUGACUGCAAGCACAGUUGCCCAGAUACUAUGGCUGCAGUCUGAAGAGAUCGAGCAAAUUGCAUCAGAAUAUGCAGAAAAACAGUCGGAGUGCUCUGCUGAGGACCGGCCCGAGAGGUUUGGAGCAGCCCAGCAGCAUCGCAGACUGGUGGCAUCUCUCAACAAAGAGAUUGCUCAAAAGUCCAAACAAGUGGAAGAGCUACAAGCUAAACAUUUGGAGGUCUAUUUGGGAUAUGAAGAAGCUAAGAGUAAAUUGAUAGAGGCUGUGAACUUUACUGAGAAGUUGCAUAAGGAACUUGCUGCUUUAGAAGAGCUUGAAUGUCAUGCUGAUUCAAGCGUCCUUCAGAAGCUGAGAGAGUUGGUUGCUAUGAAUGAAAACCUUAAGAAUCAAGAACAAGAAUUCCGUACCCAUUGCCGGGAAAUGACUCAUUUGCAGCAGAGUAUUGAAAACCUAAAAAUUGAAUCCGGAGAUGAUGAUGGUGAAGAAAAGGAACGAAACCAACUCAUAGACAAUCAGUAUAAUACAGACAGAGAGAAGCUCCAGAAGAUCAGGCUGUUGCUGGCCCAAAGGAAUAGAGAAACUGCUAUACUGCAGAGAAAGAUUGAUGAAGUACCGAGCAGAGCUGAACUAACCCAGUAUCAGAAGAGAUUUAUUGAACUCUGUGGUCAGGAUGCAGCAACCCACAAAGAAACCAAACAGUUCUUCACCCUCUAUAAUACACUGGAUGACAAAAAAGUAUUGCUGGAAAAAGAGGUUAAUUUGCUGAACUCCAUUCAUGACAACUUUCUGCAAGCUAUGUCAUCUUUUGGAGCCCGAGAGCAAUUUCUGCAACAGAUGGAACAAAUUGUUGAGGGAAUCAAACAAAAUAGAAUUAAGGCAAAAAAAAAAAAAAAAAAAAACCAAAAAGAUUAUUCUUACAAUUCAUUGUCGAAAAUGUGUAAGACUUGA